AUGAACAAAUUUCUAGCCACACUAGCAGUUAUUUCCUUCUUGGUGAUAGCCGAUUCACUUGCGGAAGCUAAUGUGGGACUGCCAGAGCGUCCGGUAAAAGCAGCGGAAAUUCGCCACAUCAUUACAAGAGUGUCACGAGAGAAACGGCAAGGGGAUGCGGCGGCUCGUUUGCAAGUGCCCAAUUUUAUAUCAAUUAAUCCAAUUGCUUUACUUAAUCAUCCAUUUGUGGUUGAAUUUACGGUGCAACUACCCAGUUCGGUCAAAGUAAUCCAUAUGCUAGUGCGGCUAGCACCUAUAGGUGGAAUUCCCCUUACCAGUAUGGUUCUCAAAGGGCUGGAUGUCAUGGAUGUUAUGGGCGUGGUUGAUGAUGAACAUAAAGGCACUGAUAUACCGUGA